AUGCCUGCCCCAGGCGACCAACACCGCGACAACGCCAACACCGUCAACCCCUUCGUCAAAUCCGAACCGCGCAUUUCCGAAUACACUGCCCAGGAGAUUGCCACUCUGCAGAGCCGACUCGAAAAACAACUGGGCCCUGAAUACAUCUCUACGCGACCAGGUGCUGGGGGCGGAAAGGUGCACUACUUGGCGGCAGAAAAGGUCAUCAAUCUUGCCAAUGAGGUCUUUGGCUUCAAUGGCUGGAGCUCGUCCAUUCAGAACGUCCAAAUCGACUUUGUGGACGAGAACAGGGAGACGGGGCGGAUCAACUUGGGCUUGUCCACCAUUGUGCGAGUGACAGUAAAGGAUGGCACAUUCCACGAAGACAUUGGCUACGGACAUUGCGAGAAUACCAAAGGCAAAGCUGCUGCAUUCGAGAAGGCGAAAAAGGAAGCUGCGACCGACGCUAUGAAGCGAGCACUGCGGAACUUUGGCAACGUGCUCGGCAACUGCUUAUACGACAAGGAAUACCUGCAGAAAAUCACCAAAGUCAAGGUUGCACCCUCGAAAUGGACCACCGACAAUCUACAUCGACACCCAGACUACGCAGUCGUGAAGAAGGAACCGACAAUACAGGCGGCGCCAACGCCAGGGAGGGAUAAUGGCUCUCGCAGGAACACGAGCUUGCAGUCCGCACAUUCUGCUGGCUCGGGAGAGUUUGACGAUGAUUUUGGGGAGACUGCCGAGUUUGAUGAGACUGAUUUCAGCCAUCCCGAUGAAGUGAGGCUGGACGACUCCGAAAUCAGCAAUGGUCCGCCCGCGCAUGUGCAACGAGCCAUAGGUCCGCAACAGAAUGGGCAGCGACAGGCCAUGUCCAGAACGCACUCCAUGCCCACGAUACCACCGCCGAACAUUCAGCCACCAGCUCCAGUCACGAGAAUGCAGGCUCCGCCAAAGCCGCAAGCCGUACAGCGACAGCCACAGAAUGCAGCACAAUCAGCGCAGCGAAUGGUACCGCCGCAAACGCCAGGGAACCAACAACGAGCACAGGCGCAACCGCAACCACAGCCGCAACCGCAGCCCCAACCGCAGCAGACGACGAAUAAGAACGCUCAACAGAAUCCAGAUGGCGUCCGGUCGAAUUCCUCAUCGGGAAGUACUCUGGAGUCGCCAACAGCGCACGCCCAGCAACGGCCACAUCAUCCCGCCAAUGUCCAAGCACAGGUCGACGAGCCCAGUAUGCCCCCACCAGGGGCUGCUGUAGGUUUCAUGUCCGGGCGCGCACUCGCGAAGCCCGAUGCAAAUCCAGCGUUCAAUCCACACGCCGAGAGUCCAUCCAUACGACGAACGCAGGGUGUCAAUCCUCGCGUGUCAGCUCCCAUCAGACGCGAACAACUUGCAGCAGGACAGCCUUUGACAGGUCAGCAGCCAGCGGCGCAGGCGACGGCAGGUGGCGCGGGAGGCUUCAAGCCCGUUAGCGUGGGCGCAGGCAACAUCGUGGGUGGUGCAUCACGGCCGACUGCGACCAAUUACAUUAAUCCCGCCGCCGAUACGAGUCGAAAGAUUGGCAUGCCACUAGCAGGUGGAGGCUUUCGGAACAGUAAUGGCUAUAAGCCACCCGGUGCAGCAACGAAGAGACCUGCCAUGUCGGAUGUCACCAACACGUACGGUGGGGAUGGAGCGAGCGAUGGUGUGGGCGAAGUGAAGAAAGCCAAGGUGGAAAAGGGUACGAGCACCGAGAAUGCUGCGCCUGAUACUGGACAGAAUCCAGCCACCACGUGA